GGUCGAUUGUUGAAUUUACACGCGCAAAAUGCUGAUUGGAAUACCUACCUGGUCGCUUGAGCGAUUCAUUGAACCUUUGUUGACUCAGUAUUUUUCCAGCUUGUCGAAAUUGCGAUAGUUUAUAGUCGUGUAGCUUCUGCGAAGAUUGGCGCUCGUGGUUAUACGGGAGGAAUUAUUCUACUCGAAUCUGUGCAAGAUUUACAACGAAUUUAACUCGUUUUAUCUAAUCUGAUACCUUCGGAAUUUUUUUUAUUCAAUUCUUGAGAUAAAAAUAAUGUAUCUGUGUUUCUAAUCGCCGCAGUUCAACGUCAGGUGUACAGUCGCGUUUAUCGGUGAUUCGGAACUCGCCAUAUGCUUGAGAAAUAUUAGUUUAAUAUUUGAAAGAUAGCGUUCUAAGCGAGUCUUGAAGUGAAAUAGUAGUAUUGUAUUGAAGAAAUGGCGGAGGAGAUAUUCAAUAAGAUUAAAGAAAGCGUCGACGACCUCAGUCCGGCCGUGCGGGAUAAAAUAAAGUCGAUGUUAACAAAGUAUCGCGAACUUGACGAGGAUGGGAAAGCCGAGUUUAUGGAAAACGCUAAAGAAGCGUUUAAGAAUUCGGUGUCUAAAUACACGUCUGGCAAUUGGGCUUUUAAAUUUUGGAUGUUGAUUCGAUCCUAUGCCAUGAUACUUGCUGCUAUUAUUUUUAUCGCCACAAUUUUCGCGUUCUUUGGAUACAAGCUAUACAAAAGUCUGACCGAGCGGGAGAAGAAACGAGAAGAGAAGAGGAAAUUGAAGCAACAAAAGAAGAGGAAGUAGGAGUUUCAUUAAAGUUGAAUACCCUCCAUUACGACCACUGCAAUAAAUUCAUAAGCUAAGAGUGAAGUUGCACAAAAAUCAAGUCGUAGUGAUAGGAGGCAUUAUAUAUUAAGUUGACAGUCGGUUACGAACUGAGUGAUAUUCAAAGACCUUGAACGUUUUAUAAUAAAUUGCCAUAUUUUAUUGUA